GUAGAAUCGUAUUGCAAUCACGAGUCAUUCUUUGUACGCGCUGCCUAUAGCUGGUGUGCUGUGGCCUGCGUUGUGUCGCGACUGCCAUCUCGCCAUGUUGACCAUCCAUCUCCUCACUUGAGGAGUGAUGUAAUCGUACUUCUCGCUCUACAACUCUCGCAGCUUCCAAUCUUCGCGCACUUAAUCCACCAAACCGUCUGACUCCUCACAAUGGCAUUACGGACACUAUCCGCCAAAAGCGCCGCAGCGCUCGACCAAGAGCUGAUGUCCACCGGCGCAUUUUCCAUCGAUCAACUAAUGGAACUCGCCGGCCUGAGCGUCUCACAAGCGCUCUUCAAACUGCACCCUGUCGCCAAAGGGCCUCGAAUCCUCGUCGCCUGCGGCCCCGGCAACAACGGCGGCGACGGCCUCGUAGCAGCGCGUCACCUGUUCCACUACGGCUACCAACCAACCAUCUACUACCCGAAGCAGAGCAAGAACGAACUGUACCAGCGCCUGAAGAAGCAACUGGAAGACUUAAAGGUCCCCUUCACAGAAGACUUCACUGGCGCAUUGCAACAAACCGACCACAUCAUCGACGCCAUCUUCGGAUUUUCCUUCUCUGGCGAAGUCCGUGAGCCCUUCCCCAAGGUAAUAGAGGCCUUAGCAUCAACCAAGAUCCCUGUUCUCGCCGUCGACGCCCCGUCGUCAUGGGACAUUGAGGACGGGCCGAGGGAAGAUGGACCCGGAAAAGGGUUCAUGCCGCCAGCUCUCAUCAGCUUGACGGCGGCCAAGCCGCUGGUCAAGUGGUUCAAGGGGCGACAUUUCUUGGGAGGAAGGUUCUUGAGUCCGGCGAUGGCGGAGAAGUAUGGGCUGGAUGUUCCGAAGUAUGAGGGAUUGGAUCAGGUGGUUGAGGUACCUGUUGAGAGUGAGAAGCUGUGAAUACCGACAACGACAAUACUUGGAUUUGAUUACCACGAAGUGAGUGCGGAAACGCUGAAGCCUAUCAAUGGUUUCAAUGUUCGACACAAUCACACCUGAGUCAAAGUGCAUUUUCAUUGCGAGCCACCAGGUAGACUGUGAUAUGAAUGGACCAUCUAUGGAUAAAUGAGCUUUUGGCAGGGUGCAGU